AUGCAGUACAAGACCCUUUCCUUGCUCCUUCUGACUGCCACUGCCCUGGCUGCACCAGAGGCCAGGCCCGAGGCGGACCCUGAAGCCGCUCCUGAAGCCGUUCCCGAAGCUUCCCCGGAGGAUUUUGGCAAGAGACAAUAUGAUUACUACUCGAGCCUCAUGAACGAUCUGAACAGCUUGGCUGACACCAACAACUGGGGCAAUUUCUUGACCAACACCGACUACAACCAAUACUUGACCAACACCGACUUUGGUGGUUUCCCCACCAAUACCGCCGUUGGCCAUGCUCCUACCAACACCAAGAUGGGCGGCGUCCCGACUGACCUGGGAGGUCUCGGCUCCUUCUCCAUGCCAACCAUGCCAAGCUUGUCCAUGCCAACCGCCCCCGCCUUGACCUACGACGGCAUGCCUCCUCCAUCCAUUGCCUCUGUGCUCAUCACUGCUAUUCCUUCCUCAUACAUGUCUCAACUCACCAAUCCCAGCGCUCGCUCAUCCCUUAUCAACGAUAUCCAACACGGUCACUACCCUGCGUGGUACUCCGCUCUGCCUAACAGCGUCAAGCAGUGGAUCUCGACCAACUAUGCUUCCAUGACUGGAGCCGCAGCAACGGCCACCGGUAAAUCGGGCUCUGAUUCUGGAUCCAACGGAUCUGGUUCUCAGGGCUCUGCGUCGAGCGCCAGCUCGCAAGGCGCUGCUCCUGCUGCCACUGGUGCCAUUGCGGCUAGCGUUGCGGGUGCUGCUGGUAUCCUUGGUCUUGCCCUGGCCCUGUAG